AUGGUGUUGGUCUUAGGACUACCGGGGAAUGCUGUCAUCAUCAAAGCCUACGCGUGGAAAAAACGGAAGACGAGCACCGAUAUCCUUAUCAUGGCUCAAGCGAUAGUUGAUUUUGUCGCUUGUGUAUUCUCUCCUGCCUUCAUCAUCCGCAGUGCAUUCCCAGGGCUGACGACAGAAAAUUUGUGUAAAGCGGCAUCUCUCGCCGAAAAUACGACGGCUUUUGCCUCACUUUAUCUGACCACUGCCAUCAGCAUCGAUCGCUACAUGGCUGUGUGUCGUCCAUUACGACGACGAAUGACGUUACGUAUGUCCAUUUGCAUUGCGAUACUGUGUACGGUCGUUUCCACCGUGAGUAACAUUCCAGCUGCAGUGUUUACUGAAGCUCGUCACUUCAGACGUCUUGGAAGAAGCCUGUGCUUCGUUUACGGCUCUUACGUCUUUGGUUCAACAAUAUCGUCUUUGGUGUUAUUCGCCGUAUCGCUGAUGACGAAUACUGUCCUUUACGCUUUGAUCUACGUUUCCCUUCGUAAGAGAGCAAAGAUUCACGCCGACAUGACGGGGAAGCAUCCCGCUGUCGCUACUGUUAGUACAAGAAACGCUCGUGACUAUAGUGGCGGUUUGCAAGAUUCCAGCCCGAGGGAAAACCAUAUGAUCGCAGCAAAAGCAAAAACGGAGGACAGAACUUCUACCUUCGGUGUUACGAGUAUCGAGAAUAAAGUCAAAACAGAUGAGGUUUUGUUGCAUUCAGAGACAGCAGGAUGUUCAAGUAACAUUACCUUGUCAUCGUCACCUAGACGUAGGUCUAGGCCCUCCGGCUCUCAUGUCACAUGUGCAGUGACUGAAACGUCACGGGAAAAUCAACCGUCAAACACAAGCCAAGGAAAAAUCCUAUCUUCCCUGGCGUCAUCAACGAAGAUGAAAGCUUUCGAACGCCAGGGUACGAAGCGAAUCCAGAAAUUGAAAAACAAUAAGGAAAGCGACUACGGAAGGAAGACGACCCGUAUGCUCCUUAUCAUAACAAUAUUCUUUUUCGUCACGUGGACUCCAAAGGUUAUAGUUCCUAUCAUUCCACGUAAGGCUGUUCUAAGAGCUAGUCGAAUUCCUGGAUAUUUUACAAUUAUCCAAAUCUUCUACGCUCUCAGACUCCUUAACCACAUCGUCAACUUCUUCGUCUACUAUUUGGUCAACAACAGUUUCAGGAGAGACGUCAAAGAGUCGUGCAAACAUUGCAGAUGCAGUCAGAAGUUGAUCAUGUAA